AUGCAAAUUAACUCAAUAGACUUGUUAAUUAAGUCUCCGUGGAUUUCUAUUAAAGGUACUAAAUACAAACCUAAAAUGGUACUAACUCUUAGUAUAGAAGAAAAUGAACUCCCUAAAUUUUGUAUAAUAGAGCACAUCAUUCUAUAUGACAGUAAAUAUGUCAUGUAUAAGUGUUUAGAACUUGAUACAAUUUUGUUUGAUGAACAUUUAGUUUCUUAUGAGGUAAAAGUAGUGAAUAGUAACCAAUUUGUGUACCAUCAUAUGUUGCCUUUCUUUAUUCCAAAUAAUAUAAAUAUAUUACUCGAUGGAUGUAAAUAUGUAACAGUUAGAAGUAGCAUUUAG